CACCUGCACCCGGCCCGCUGCCCUCUGCGGCAGGCAGGGGGCAAGGAGCAACCCAGCCUCAGGAACAGGGAUCCCGAAAGGUCAAUUAAAUAUGCAUAUAGCCAUUUUAGAUACAUAUAACUUUAAAUAUAAAGUGUCAAAUAAAUUUUCUUAUUAUUUAAAAAGUAUAUGAUAUAUAAUAUACUUUUAAUUGGUGAUUCAGCAUCAUCAAUUUUCCCUGAUAGAAGAGUUUUAGAGGUUAAAACAGGCUGGGGUUUUUUGUGUUUUGUUUUGUUUUUUUCUGGAAAGGUGAGAACAGCUAAAAUAAAUGAUACUUUUCAUUUAUUAAGCACGCACUUGCGUCUGACACUGUAGAAAACUUUUAGCUGCAUUAUUUUUGCUUAAGCCUCCUACAGGCCAAGUGUGUUUCUUAAAAGGAGGGGAACCCAAGCAGAGAGGUUCAGAAGUAUAUCCAGGGCCUCGAGCUUCUAAGCAACAGAUCCCAGCUUCACACCCAAGUGCUCCUGAUUUCAAAACCUUUGUCUUUGUCAGAGAGAAACCAUUUGAAGCAGAAUCCUAACCAUGCAUCAUAGAGAAAUACCCUUGACACUUUUGAUACUUAUGUUUAUAAGCACCUCAGAAGAAAUUUGCAUCUCACGUCAUCACAUUACUGCAGUUGAAGGGGAACCUUUCUAUCUGAAAUGUUGCCCAUCUUCAUCUGAGCAUAAGAACAAAACCACCACCAUAAAAUGGUACAAAAAUGAAUCACAUGGACCCACUGAGCUGCGCUCUGGUGGUUCACCCAGGAUUAUUUUGCAUGAUUAUGUUUUGGAGUUUUGGCCUGUUGAAAUGGAUGAUAGUGGAUCUUACUCUUGCCGAAUGGGAAAUGAUACUCAAGCCUGGAAAUUAAAUGUCAUCAGAAGAAGUAAAAAUAGUUGUUUUACUGAGAAACAAGUAAUUAGUAAAGUUGUGGAAGUUAAAAAAACUUUGCAGGUGCCCUGUGAAAAUAAUUACUUUCAAAACCUGGCCAACAGAACGUCAUUGUACAAGGACUGUGAAAAGAUAGAUUUCAAUUUUAAUUUAAAUUUAAAGAAGAUUGCAGAGUUUAAAGAUGGGGGAUAUUACACCUGCGUGUUUUUCCUGCAUCAUGCUGGAAAACUAUUUAACGUCACCAAAACCUUCAAUAUUACAAUCAUUGGAGACCAUAGUAGUAUAAUUCCAGCUCUUCUUGGACCAAAGCUUACUCAAGUUAAAGUGGAAUUAGGAAAAGACACACAACUCAACUGUUCUGCUUUGCUGAAUGAAAAGGAUGUGGUUUAUUGGAACACCUGGAGAGAAAACGGAAGUGAUCCUAAUGUACAUGAAGAAGAAGGGACGAGAAUUAGGACUCCAGAUGGCAAAUGGCUCGCUUCAAAAACACUGAGAAUUGAGAACGUUAAUGAAAAAAACCUUAACUUUUUGUAUAAUUGCACUGUAGCCAGCAAGGGAGGCACAGACACCAAAAGCUUCAUUUUGCUGAGAAAAGAAGACAUGGCUGACAUCCCAGGCCACGUCUUCACUAGAGGAAUGAUCGUAGCUGCUUUGAUCUCAGUGAGCAUUGUGUGCCUGGUGAUUAUGGGUGUCAUUUACAGAGUUGACUUGGCUCUGUUUUAUAGACAUUUCACAGGACGAGAUGAAACCUUAACAGAUGGAAAAACAUAUGACGCUUUUGUGUCCUACCUAAAAGAAUGUCGGCCAGAGAAUGGAGAGGAGUAUACCUUUGCUGUGGAGAUUCUGCCCAGGGUGUUGGAGAAACAUUUUGGGUAUAAGUUAUGCAUAUUUGAAAGGGAUGUGGUGCCUGGAAGAGCUGUUGUUGAUGAAAUCCAUUCAUUGAUAGAGAAAAGCCGAAGACUAAUCAUUGUCCUCAGUAAAAGUUAUAUGUCUAAUGAAGUCAGAUAUGAACUUGAGAGUGGACUCCAUGAAGCACUAGUGGAAAGGAAAAUUAAAAUCAUCUUAAUUGAAUUUACACCUGUGGGUGACUUCACAUUCUUGCCUCAAUCACUGAAGCUUUUGAAAUCCCACAGAGUUCUGAAAUGGAAAGCAGAGAAAUCUCUGUCUUAUAAUUCAAGGUUCUGGAAGAAUCUUCGUUAUCUUAUGCCUGCAAAAACAGUCAAGCCAUGUGGAGAUGAAUCAGAAGUCUUGCCUGUUCUUUCACAGGCCUGAUCUUCAGAAAAAUCUGAGCAGAAGAAAGAACUCCUGACACUCUGGGGAUUGAGUGUAUGAACCUGUUUAUAACAAAGGGCAUUAUUCAAAUAUUUAACUCUAUGAACAUUUUACUCACAGCUUGAAGAUGAAAAUAUCAUUAGGUUGCUGAGGAUAAGACUAAACACUGAGCUGUGGUCAUGGACUCCCAGAAGGCCCUGGAAUUCAACAGAAAUGGAUCCCUUCUUUCUCUCUCUUCCCUAACUGGAUGCAGGUGGUCUACUCAACCCCACAUCCAAGCAACUGUGAGGCUAGACACUAUGUAGGAUAAUUUAUGCCUUAUAAUAAGGGUACAUCUUUAAGAGGUUUUUUUUGUCUUUUUUUUUUUUUUUUUUUUUUUUUUUGUCUUUUUGCUAUUUCUUUGGGCCGCUCCUGCGGCAUAUGGAGGUUCCUAGGCUAGGGGUCCAAUCACAGUUGUAGCCGCCAGCCUACGCCAGAGCCACAGCAACGCGGGAUCCGAGCCGUGUCUGCAACCUACACCACAGCUCACGGAAAUGCUGGAUCAUUAACCCACUGAGCAAGGCCAGGGACUGAACCCGCAACCUCAUGGUUCCUGGUCGGAUUCGUUAACCACUGCGCCACGACGGGAACUCCUCUUUAAAAGUUUUUAAUGCUAACAAUUGAACUAGAGGACUUUAAGAGCACAAAGUAGCAUUUUCUGUGAGCCAGUAGGUAACAUAGGAAACAGAAUAUUGCCUUCAGUUUCCCACAGUAGCUACCUAUGUCUCAACACCACAGACAGUGCCUGCUAUGUGGUUGAGAGCUGGCAGAGCUGCGUGCAGUGUGGGGAGUGAGGUGUGAGCUGCCGUAACUGGGCUUCAGCCUCAGGAUGUUUUUAGUGUAUUCCACCUGCAGUUGCAGGCCCACAGUUCUUGGAACCCCAUGAAGACACUGCAGAGGGCUUAUUACAUUGGGCCUAUUUGUGAAAACUUCUUAAAAGAAACUCAGAACAACUUGUUAUCUUUCAUGGCACAGAUUUUAAUUUAAAUAAAUUCGAGUCACAAAUUUUAAUUCAAAUAUUUUUCCGGGUCUUUCAAAACUGGCCUAAAACAUCUGUUGAUUUUACACAAAUGUUUAUAUACAGGAUGGGUGCUAGAUCAUAUUAGCUAUUAAACAGCCAACAAUGAUGGUUACUUGCCUGAAUUUUAAAAGAUUACAGUUUUAAAAUGCUCUUCAGAUGGAAGCAACAUGCCAUGGUGGUAUACAGAUGAAAGGCUUGAGCUGAAAUCCCAAGUUUAGAACUUACUUCUGUGACCUCCAUAAACUUUCCUAAUUCCUCUGUGUCUCAAUUUCCUCAUCUGUAAAAUGAGAAUUUAUAAGAAUUGUACAAGAGGACUAAACAAAUAUAAAUGAAGCACUUACAACAGCUCUUGGCACAGACUUCACACUCUGUAAGUGUUGGUAUUUCUAUUUUUGUUGUUAUUAAUUAUUUCUUAGGUCAGUUGUUUAGUAAUGGACCAAAAUGGAGGCCAGAGGGCGGAAAAGAGGAGAAGGUCUGGAGAGGACGGCAGUGUUGACUUGAGGAAAUUCAUUCAUAUGGAGAAGCAGAGAGAAGCAUGUCGGUUGGUCAAAGGAUAUUUUUUCAGUGGAUUUGUGCCACUUUUGAUGUUGGAAGACACAUAUCUGUCUCCUUAUGGUGAUUCCAGCACGCUGGGUUUUCUUAACAGCCUCAGCCUGAUGGCUGUCCACAAAAAUCACUGAAUAAGUGAUACAUAUCAGCCUUAUAGAGAAAGGAAAAAGUUGGGUAAGUUUGGAAAGCUGGUUAAAAGAAUGGUCCAGAAAAAAAUGUAAAGCAGGAUCUGUUUAGGACAGCCAUGGUGGAUCUUACUAGAUAUUACUCAAAGAAAAAUGAGAUUUUCAUUAGAGUUUCAGUAUAAGAAAAUGAUCUAAUUUUUGUAGAGCUUACAAUGUUGAGGGCUAGUUGGAUGGCUACAAAAUGUAAAAGAAUUUAAUUACUGAAAGUUCCCAUUGUGGCUCAGCAGGUUAUGAACCCAAUUAGUAUCCAUGAGGAUGUGGGUUCGAUCCCUGGCCUUGCUCAGUGUGUUGAGGCUGGUAUUGCCAUGAGCUGGGGUGUAGGUCGAAGAUGCAACUCCAAGUGGACCCCUAGCCUGGUAACUUCCAUAUGCUGCAACUCCGGCCCUAAAAAGCAAUAAGGAAAGGAAGAAAGGAAGGAAGGAAAAGAGAAAGAGAAAGGAAGGAAGGAAGGAAGAAAGAAGGAAAGAAAGAAAG